CACACACACACACACACACACACACAGACUAAGGUUGGUUGAGUGGAGUUCAGAUAUAAAGUUUAUAAGUGAGUGUUUGAGGUGUAGUGAAGAUGAGGAUGCUGCUGAGGAGUGUGUUGGUGUGUGUGUUGGUGUGUGUGUUUGAUCCGACUCUCUGUAAAAGACACAAAGGCAGCAGGAGAACAGAUCGCCUGAGUGCACCUCCAGGUUUGGAAAUGCAAACUGUAAACUGCACCGCUUUCAGACUUCAAUGGAAAAUCCCACACAGACACAACACUAUCACUGGAUACAGGGUGUUCUAUGCAGACAUGAAAGAACAUCAUUCCAUCAGUCCCACCAUGACUCUGGAUGUUCCUCUGAAUGCACACACACACUUCACUGACGUGGUGAUUGGAGGUCUGGAUGUGGGGUCUCAGUACAGUGUCAGUGUGGCAACAUAUGAUGGAACAACACAGGGACGUCCCAGUAAGCCGAGGGGCAUUAGCACCGCCUCCCAGGACGAGUGUAAGCCCCCCACCCCUCCCACUCAGCCUGUAGCGGUCGCCCUGUCGGACACAGAACUGGCGCUGUCAUGGCAACAGUCUGAAAGUCAGGGAAGCUCACCUGUACUCCAUUUCCUGGUUGAUUACAUCAGACCAGAGAUGGACUCUGAGUGGAUGACCAUCCAUGAGCCAGUGGAGUCGAACUCGAUGGUUUUGAGGGGUCUGAUUCCUCAAACUAAGUAUCAGUUUAUCAUCAGAUCUGUAAACCAGCAUGGAGUCAGUCACCCCAGUACACCCAACCCUCCCACCAGCACCCUCAGUCCAGCUGAAGUGGGCAGUGGUGAUCAGGAUCUCUACACUGAUGAUGCAGGAUUUGGUGUUGACUCUGAUUAUGAUGUCAUUGUAGAAGAGCUGCCGCCAUUUCCAGCCAUGAAGAACCUGCACUCUCACCUGCGACCACCAAGCGGCGCUUCUGCUAACGGACACGUGAUUUACAGGAAGACAAUAUUUUACAACACGCCUGUCCUCAAACACACACCUGUCCUCUCACACACACCUGAUAACACACCUGUCCUCUCACACACACCUGAUAACACACCUGUCCUCAAACACACACCUGUCCUCUCACACACACCUGAUAACACACCUCUUUCCUACUUCCAGUCCUUUAAUCACUGCCUGGAAAGGGUGGCGCCUCGUGUAUACAACGUGUCAUGUGAUGAGACUGUUUGUCCCCCAAACAGUUUCUGUAGUUACGACUACAGCAUUGGAGGAUCGCAGUGUCACUGCAACCUUGGUCACCAUGGAGAUCUCUGCUCUCAAGGUUUGUUGAUCAGGUAUCCAAGGUUUUAUGGAUUUUCUUACAUGACAUUUGAACCCCUAAAGAACUCUUACCAGAUCUUCCACAUCACUCUGGAGUUGAAGGCGGACUCUGAGGAUGGGCUGUUGUUGUACUGUGGAGAAAAUGAAGAUGGUCGAGGAGAUUUCAUGUCUCUUGCUCUUAUUCAAAGGAGACUUCACUACAGGUUUAACUGUGGCACUGGAGCAGGGCAGAUCAUCAGUAAACACUCUCUUGUGAUUGGUCAGUGGUACAAAGUUACGUUGUUCAGAGAUGGAGUUAAUGGCUGGCUGCAACUCGACAACAAUCCCCCUGUAUCUGGUCGCUCACUGGGUCACUACAGCAAAAUAACAUUCCGUACUCCUCUGUUUAUGGGCGGAGCUCCCAGGUUGUACUGGCUUGUGAAUGCAGUGGGAGUUAAACAGGGUUUUUUGGGGUGUGUCCAAAGACUAUCAAUCAAUGGCAGACACAUUAACCCUAAACCCUGGCCUCAGGGACAUGCCCUCAACGGGGCAGACAUUGGUAAAUGCAGUGCUACUGUGUGUGAUGAUGUGGUGUGUGAGCACAGUGGAGUGUGUUACGCGACUCGUGCAGACAGCUACAUCUGCCUCUGUCCUCUGGGAUACAGAGGAGUUCACUGUGAGGAGAGUUUUGUGCUGUCUCUGCCUCACUUCAAUGAGAGUGUGCAGUCAUACUCAAGCGCCCCCUGGCCACAGCACACACAUUCCUACCUUUCAUUUAUGGAGUUCUUCAUCACCUUCAAACCCACCAGUCAGGAUGGAACUCUUCUCUACAGCCAUGACCAGCACAGCCAAGACUUCUUGUCUAUUGUUCUGGUGGGCGGCACUGUAGAGUUCCACUUCGACUGUGGCUCUGGAGCUGCCAUGAUCAGGAGUGAACAGCCUGUCAUUAUGAACCUGUGGCAUGACCUCAGAGUGUCUCGUACAGCUAAAAGUGGAAUCCUGCAGGUGGAUAAUCAGAGGCCAGUAGAGGGCAGUGCUGAGGGUGCAUUUACCCAGAUUAAAUGCAGUUCUCCUCUCUAUAUUGGUGGAGUUCCUGAUUAUGACUCUACAAAAAGCAGUGCAGGAGUGAUCAGACCAUUCACUGGAGACAUUCAAAAACUCACACUGAAUGACCGUGAGGUUUCCAUGGUGACGGGUCAUGUGGUGGGUGUGAAUGUGGAUAACACACCCCACCCCUGUGUGACGAAUCCAUGUGCUAAUGGAGGAACAUGUAGACCCAAACGAGAUGAAUAUGAGUGUGACUGUAUACUGGGGUAUGAUGGAACACACUGCCAGAAAGAGUGUGGAAACUACUGCUAUAACUCGGUGACUGAAGCAAUUGAAAUUCCUCAGUUUACGGGACGCAGUUAUCUGACAUAUGACAGUCCAGAGAUACUCAAAAGAAUAUCUGGCUCUAGGACGAGUGUGUUCCUACGCUUUAAAAGCUUGUGUAAGAAUGGACUGUUACUGUGGAGAGGAGAAAACCCGAGCCGUGCUCACACUGACUACAUAUCUAUAGGCCUGCAGAAUGGAUCACUUGUCUUCAGUUAUGACCUGGGCACUGGAGCCGUGUUGGUGGUGGUUAACGGGACCUUCAGCGAUGGAAAGUGGCACAGAGUAAAAGCAGUCAGGGAUGGACCCAGCGGGAAACUGACUGUGGAUGAUUAUGGAGUGGAGACAGGAAGAUCACCUGGCAAGAUGAGACAACUCAAUAUCAACGGAGAACUUUAUAUAGGUGGGAUGAAGGAGAUUGCUCUUCACACCAGUCGUCAGUACCUGGCCGGGUUGGUCGGCUGUGUUUCACACUUCACUCUGUCCACUGACUAUCACGUGUCUCUGGUUGAGGACGCAGCCGACGGCAAGAACAUUAACAUCUGCAGCAACUAAUUCCAAACACCUGAAGCAGUUUAUUCUAUUAAAAUUUCAGGUUCUUUUCAGAGGUGUUCUCUGUGUGUGUGUGUGUGUGUGUGUGUGUGUGUGUGUGUGUGUAGACUUUAUGUGGCAGUGUGUAUUUUUAUGCCUUUGUGUUUUUGAUUCACUCUGUUUCUGAAAUGUUACAUAAAAUGUAUUUCAGAAUAAAAAACAUUUUCUCUUCA